AUGUCACUCAUAACUAUUGAUACAGUCGACAAAUUCAAUUCUUUGAUAAGGUCACCCAAUUUAAGUGUAAUUCACUUUUCUGCUGAAUGGGCAGAGCAAUGUAAGCAAGUAACGGAAGUUCUACAGGAGUUGUUGAAACUGCCAGAGGUACAAUCAUGUAACAGCCAAAUUGGUGUAUGCGACGCGGAAAGUCUUUCUGAAGUGUCGUUAAAAUACAAGGUGGAUUCAGUACCUACAGUCAUAUUAUUUAAAAACAGUCAACAAAUUGAUAGAGUAGAUGGUGUAGAUGUAGCACAGAUUUCAUCUAAAGUUAAAGCUCACAGUACAGGAAAAGCUAUAAGUGAUGUGACAUCAAAGCCCCCCUUGGAAGAGAGACUUAAAGCUCUUAUCAAUAAGCACAAUGUUAUGAUCUUUAUGAAAGGGACAAGAGAUACACCCAGAUGUGGAUUUAGCAAAACACUUAUUUCAAUUUUGAAUGGAGUUGGGGUUCAAUAUGAAACAUUUGAUAUUUUAAUGGAUGAGGAAGUUCGCCAAGGGCUAAAGGUUUACUCCGAUUGGCCAACCUAUCCACAAGUGUAUGUAAAAGGAGAGCUGAUUGGCGGAUUAGACAUAAUUAAGGAGCUCCAAGGAAACGGGGAGCUGGAGUCUACACUGAAAGCUUGA